AUGCGAAACGCUUCGAGCACCGAGAGAAAGCCCCACCCAAGGAAAUCUAUCUUCACAUUACAACGUGUGCGAAGAAUCCAUCAAGAUCUCCCAGACGGCUUCAACGCGGAUAUUCAGUCUCGUUUGGCUGAAGUUCGCAAGCUACUUUCAAGCAUAGCCGGCGAUGUUCAGGGCAUCAACCGGUGGCGCUAUAUGAGAAAUAUGAGCUGCGUCGAAGAGCUCAUCGAAGCGCUCACAUUCGCACAUUACCUGCGCCACCAGAAUCUCAUGAGCUAUGCCGAGGCUACAGAGGCUGUGCAUCAUCUCUCACUGCCCGAGAAUGGCGAGGACGGGGCGGCUAUGGACUUGGAGCAUCCCAUUGUGCAUCUGAUCGAGGAUGAUUAUCUAAUGGGCGUGUUUGACCUCUCAGGUGAAAUGAUGCGAUUUGCUACUACGACCGCCGCCCUCAACGGGCGCAUGGCCGGGUCAUCUCUGCAAUAUGAUGGUCAGGCCGACGAAGGCAGUCCCCAGCGCACCAUCGUCACAGACAUGCAAGAUCUCGGCAGUUUCUACGAGAUGCUUCCCCAGCAGAGUGGGAAGUCCUACCAGGUGAAGUUGCAAACACUACGGACAUCUGUGCUCAAGGUCGAAAAGCUGGGAUAUGGACUCACUGUGCGCGGAAGCGAACGACCUGCGGGCUGGAUGCCCGAUACGAACGAUAGUGAGCCAGGCUCUCCUGUUUGA